GACUGAAACAGAAUAUGUUAGUCAGAUGCUGACAAAGAUCAAACGAUUUGCUCAACAUCACUCAUGCCAUGUUUGGUUUGUAGCACAUCCAAGACAGUUGCACCAGUGGAUGGGGAGUCCGCCAAAUUUAUAUGACAUCAGUGGAAGUGCACACUUUAUAAAUAAAUGUGACAAUGGGAUAGUUAUUCAUCGUAACAGGGAUCCAGAGGCUGGCCCUAUUGAUCUAGUGCAGAUAUGUGUGCGUAAGGUACGGAAUAAGGUUGUAGGAACAAUAGGUGACGCCUUCUUGUCGUAUAAUAGGACUACUGGUGAAUUCAUGGACAUUGAUGACUGCCAAAGCGAGUAG